GCCGCCUGUUGCCUGGAAUUGGCUCCCGCCCCGGGAUCGCGGAGAAUUGAUGGAGUUCCCUGGGGAAAUGGGGCCCGGCGAGGCCGCCCGGGUCCCAGCCGUGAAGAGGGCCAAAAAAGGCUCCAAGAGCCACAGCCCCCGGCAGUGGCGUAAAGGCAAGGUCAAAGCCUCGCGGGUCGCACGCAGCAUGGACCUCCACACCAUGACACAGUCGCUGGUGACUCUGGCAGAGGACAACAUGGCCUUCUUCUCGAGCCAGGGCCCUGGGGAGACAGCCCGCCGGUUAUCGGCUGUGUUUGCAGGUAUUCGGGAGCAGGCGCUGGGGCUGCAGACCCCACUGGCCAGCCUGCUGGGCACAGCGCACCUCUUUGACCUGGACGCUGAGACCCCAGCCAACGGGUACCGCAGCCUGGUGCACACGGCCCGCUGCUGCCUGGCCCACCUGCUGCACAAGUCGCGCUAUGUGGCCUCCAACCGCCGCAGCAUCUUCUUCCGCACCCACCACAACCUGGCCGAGCUCGAGGCCUACCUGGCCGCCGCCAUCCAGCUCCGCGCCCUGGCCUACUACGCACAGCAGUUGCUGACCACCAACCAGACUGGGGGGCUCUUCUUCGAGGGUGAAGAGGAGGUCCUGUCCACGUUCCUGCGCGAGUAUGUCAGGCUCUACAAGGGUUGCUUCUACGGCCGCUGCCUGGGCUUCCAGUUCACGCCGGCCAUCCGGCCCUUCCUGCAGACCAUCUCCAUCGGGCUGGUGUCUUUUGGGGAGCACUACAGACGCAAUGAGACGGGCCUCGGUGUGACAGCCAGCUCCCUUUUCACCAGCGGCCGCUUCGUCAUUGACCCAGAGCUGCGGGGGGCGGAAUUCGAGCGGAUCACACAGAACCUGGACGUGCACUUCUGGAAAGCCUUCUGGAACAUCACUGAAAUCGAGGUGCUGUCGUCUCUGGCAAACAUGGCCUCGGUCACCGUGAAGGUAAGCCGCCUCAUCAGCUUGCCGCCCGAAGCCUUUGAAAUGCCGAUGACCGCUGACCCCAAGCGCAUGGUGACCAUCUCACCCCCCUUGGCCCACACAGGCCCGGGGCCUGUUCUUGUUAGGCUCAUCUCCUACGAACUGCGAGAAGGACAGGACAGCAAAGAGCUCAACGACCUGGUGAAGCCCGAGGGGCCCUGGAUCCUGGACCGGUGGCCCCGCCCCAUGAAGGUGGCCCGCUCCAGGGCCCUGGUCGUGCACAUCCAUGGGGGAGGCUUCGUGGCGCAAACCUCCAAAUCGCAUGAGCCCUACCUCAAGAGCUGGGCGCAGGAGCUGGGCGCCCCCAUCGUGUCCAUUGACUACUCACUGGCCCCUGAGGCACCCUUCCCCCGCGCGCUGGAGGAGUGCUUCUACGCCUACUGCUGGGCCGUGAAGAACUGCACCCUGCUGGGCUCCACAGGUGAGCGGAUAUGCCUGGCAGGGGACAGCGCUGGCGGAAAUCUCUGCCUUACCGUGUCCCUCCGGGCAGCAUCCUACGGGGUGCGGGUACCCGAUGGCAUCAUGGCCGCCUACCCAGCCACAAUGCUACAGACCACUGCCUCCCCCUCCCGCCUGCUGAGCCUCAUAGACCCGCUACUGCCCAUCAGCGUACUCUCCAAGUGUGCCAGUGCCUACGCUGGUGGGGAGGCUGAGAAGCAGUCCACCUCCGAGGAGGCGCUGGACAUGCUGGGGCUGGUGCGCCGGGACACAGCCCUGUUCAUCCGAGACCUCCGCCUGAGUGCCUCCUCAUGGCUCAACUCCUUCCUGGAACUCAGUGGACAGAAGGUCCCAAAGACUGAGGACAGCAAAGCAGAGCCCAUGCGCCGCAGCGUGUCUGAAGCGGCGCUGGCACAGCAGCACGACCCGCUGGGCACCGACUCUCUCAAGAAUCUGACGCUGCACGACUUGAGCCACAAGGGCAGCUCUGAAACAUCGGACACCUCGGAGUUGUCGCUGUCGGCGGAGACUCUCGGCCCCUCCAAGCCCUCAGAGGUCAACUUCCUGCUUGGCUCUGAGGAUGCGUCCCUGGAUGCCAAAGACGCCAAAGAAGGGCCGCAGCUGAUGGAUAGACCCAAGGGCGUGAACUCCGCCUUCCCCCCGGGGUUCCAGCCCAGGUUCUCCAGCCAGGGCACCCCGCAGAUGCCCCUCGACUCGUCCCCCAUCGCCAAGAACCCCUUCAUGUCCCCGCUGCUGGCGCCCGACAGCAUGCUGCAGAUGCUGCCUCCCGUGCACAUCGUGGCGUGUGCGCUCGACCCCAUCCUGGAUGACUCGGUGAUGCUGGCACGGCGGCUGCGGGGUCUGAACCGGCCGGUGACGCUGCGCGUGGUGGAGGACCUGCCACAUGGCUUCCUGAGCCUGGGCGCGCUGUGCAAGGAGACGCGGCAGGCGGCGGCGCUGUGCGUGGAGCGCAUCCGUCGCAUCAUCACACCGCCCGCGUCCUCUGCGCCCCUCUGCAGGUCCGAGGGCCCGGCCACGCCGGCCGUGUGAGGCGAACAUCGGGGAGGGGGACGCGGCACUAAAGUCUCUGGCUCCUAUCCGCACCGGCCUCCAUAGUGAAUGCGCUCCCGGAGGGGCUGACGGUCCCCCAGGAAGGGGGCUCAUGGUGAGGGUCCCACCCCAUGACCCGCCUUCCGGCCCGUACUGGAGGUGAGCGGUGCCUUAAACUGGGGAGGGGAGGGAGGCGGUGCCCAAAAGCUCAGACCCUGGCCUUGGGGUGGUGACACCCAGAAACCCAGGCUUGAGACCCCCGGACCUGCACUCACUGUCUGCUGCUGCUGCUGCGACCGCCCGCCUAGCAGGGCGGUUCUUUUGUUUGUAAAUAAAAGUAUUUCAUUAGUUGG